GGGGGGGAAGACGGACGGUGCAGUGUUGGAGGCAGUGUUGUGACUGGACAGGUGUGUGACGGAGGCAGUGUUGUGUCUGGACAGGUGUGGACGAGUUGUGGAUAUACCCCCUGUGAACCCCAUCAAGUGAGUCUAUCAGGCCCUUCAAGAAAGUCUAUCAGGGCCAUCAAGAGUCUAUCAGGCCAAUCAAGAGUCUAUCAGGCCCAUCAAGAGUCUAUCAGGCCCAUCGAGAGAGUCUAUCAGGCCCAUCAAGAGUCUAUCAGGCCCUUCAAGAAAGUCUAUCAGGGCCAUCAAGAGUCUAUCAGGCCAAUCAAGAGUCUAUCAGGCCCAUCAAGAGUCUAUCAGGCCCAUCGAGAGAGUCUAUCAGGCCCAUCAAGAGUCUAUCAGGCCCAUCGAGAGAGUCUAUCAGGCCCAUCAAGAGUCUAUCAGGCCCAUCGAGAGUCUAUCAGCUUUAUACACGAAUAUCGAGACCUUACCUUCAGGGUCCCCUCGAAUCUCAGUAUAGAAGGAGAGACGAGGAGGAGAAAGGGAGAUAGAAGAGCAAGGAGAAAUAUCUAAGAAAUAACAUACAUAGAGGUGUGUGGUAGAGAGAUAUUGAAGACUGGAGAAAGGGGUAUACAGAAGGAAAGCCACAAGAUAAAGAUAUCUUUUCGCAGUAAAGAUAAAACAUCAUGUCGAUGGAAUUAGGAGAUAGCAACAAUCUUCUUAGUGGGGGGGGCGGGAGAGUGAACGUCUUCUGGCGCUCACGAACGGACUUCGAGAGGAAGUUGCUGGUGGCGCUGUUCGUGCUCUCAGCGGCUGGUAUUGCCCUGAUCGUCGCUGUGGCUGUCCUGGCCUCCCACGGUUCGGCCGUCAAAGGUUCGAAUAAGAGCAAGACCACAUCGAAGUUCUCCUUUCUCCACCCAGUGGACUCGAAGUUCUACCCUGGUAUUGCUAACAUGCCCGCCGCUAUGGAGGCGCGUCAGAACGCCCACACGCCCACUGAAGUUAGCCACGCCCACACGCCCACUCAAGAUACCCAACGUCACGCCCAUACGCCCACUCAGGAUACCCAACGUCACGCCCACACGCCCACUCAGGAUAUCCAACAACACGCCCAAAGGCUCUCUCAGGCUAGCCAACACCCACACAAACGCCCACUCAAACAAGCCAUCGUCACGCCCAUUCUGGCUAGCAAGCGCCACGCCCAUCCAGGGUAGCCAACCCCACGCCCGUGAUAACAUUACCAACUCUUACCAAUAUGAAGUAAUUUACUUUUAAAACAGAAAACAAGUGGAAAUCAAAAUAAUAAAGUCCACAGACACUAUAGGUUCUCUAGUCUAGGGUAUAUGCUAUAUGAGCUAGAGGUUAUCUAGUAAAAAAAAGAUAGUACGUAUAGCAAUAUAAUUCCCAUUGUCGGGGACAGGAAGCCUGGAUCCCCGAUUGUGGGUCGAGAACGAAGCCUACUGUACUACUAGCCUAACCUGUCCUAGCCCUUAAUUAACAAUCUUAGGCCUAAUAUACGCAAUUUUAAAUUAAAUUUAGUGCACAAGGCCUAGGAAAGUUUAGGUUUUGUUAUUAAAUUUUUUCUGGCGCUCUGCAAAUUGAAUAAUGCAAAGUGUGAAUAUUUUUGGAGUGCAACAGUUCAUUUUUGUACGUUCUACCAGUAGUUGCUAUUAUUACUAUUAUUUAUGGAUAACCGGUUGCCAUAAUAUAAUGAUGUAUAUCAUUUAAGAAUUCAUGCAAUUGACAUAGGGGUAUAUUGGCUCCUAAAUGAAUUACAUUCAACGUAAGUAUAUAUUUUUUCUAUUAAAAAUGUUGUGUAUUAUUUAGGAGUAUUUUUACCUGUUAACAAUUAAGUAUUUAAUAUAGCUAAAUGUUCUAUGAAAGUGAUGUUUUUAAUUAAUAUAGUUAUAUAAUAAUUAAUAAUUUUGUAUUUAACAUAGGCUUUCCCUAUUAGAUUCACGAAGCAGUUACGCAAGCACUUUUUCUCAAUCUUUGGCGGCUUUGUUUACAAUUAUUAAACAG